AUGUUUUUCACAAAUUUUAUAUCGAAUUUUAUUACUGGCUCAAUAAUUUCUGACUGUUCUACCAACUCUUCCGUAACGACUCGUCUGCUUAGUUUUGCCGACUUGAAGGCAAUGAGAAGGGAAGACGAUUCAUUCUGCGGGGAAAACAACGAAAAGCGUUAUUUAAUCCUGAUCUACACCGCCGAAUUCGACAGGCAAGUGUUGACAACUAUUUUUAGAAUCCAAUAUCCCUUGCCACUCGAUUUUGUUGGCAGACCGAAUGUCGUCGAACAGCAAAAUUUGAUUCGCGAACUGAAAGCAGAAAUCCGCACAUUCCGAAACCUGCGAAAACCUCCGAAGGAAAGGGACGGGUUACGGGAAGAAGUGAAGGUCUACAAACGGCAGAGGACCGGGAAAUCAGAAUCUAUCGAAGAAAGAAUGAAAGAUCAAGUGGCAUAUUUACAGAAGGAAUUAAGCAAUUUAAAGAGUCGUGAGCAACGGGAGAGUUUGGAACGACUCCAAACGAGUGAAAAAUCCUUAAAGGCCAAAGUGAACAAACUCGUCGGUGAAUUGGCUUUUUACCGAAAAAAGACCGUCAUUCCUACACGCCCUCAAAUAGAGCUUCCUGUGCUCCCAAAAAUCCGCCGAGAGCUUUGUCAGACUCCGAAAAAGGGUAGAGUUUGGAUAUAUUCAAGUCACUUCCGGGUGAAUGGGCGAUCGUGUCGUUGCACAAGUCCAAAGUUUGUCCGCUCACCCGCCAGAAGAUUCGACCCGACGGCCUACGUGGAUGAAAAGAGGAAAAAACAAGAACUUUCCCGAAAAAUGACGUUUAGCCAAAAUUGA